AUGAUUCCUAUCACUGAAUUCCGCCAGUUCUCUGAACAGCAGCCAGCCUUCCGGGUUUUGAAGCCAUGGUGGGAUGUAUUUACAGACUAUCUUUCUGUUGCCAUGUUGAUGGUUGGUGUGUUUGGUUGCACAUUACAGGUGAUGCAGGAUAAGAUCAUAUGCCUUCCCAAAAGAGUCCAGCCUUCUCAGAACGUAUCUCGCCUUCUUAAUAUGUCAGAUAUGGACUCCAGUGCAGCUCAGUUCCUUCCACCACCCAAGCCAUCCACACCUCCUGCCACUGUUGAAAUGAAGGGCCUAAAGACUGACUUAGACCUCCAGCAGUACAGCUUUAUAAAUCAAAUGUGCUACGAACGUGCCUUGCAUUGGUAUGCAAAGUACUUUCCAUACCUUGUCCUUAUACACACAUUGAUCUUCAUGCUGUGUAGCAACUUUUGGUUCAAAUUCCCAGGGUCCAGUUCAAAAAUUGAACAUUUCAUUUCCAUUCUGGGGAAAUGUUUCGACUCGCCUUGGACGACGAGGGCUUUGUCAGAGGUAUCUGGAGAAGACUCUGAGGGGAAGGACAACCGGAAGAACAACAUCAGCAGGUCAAACACGGUCCAGCCUAGCACAGAAGGCAAUUUGGUCAGGACACAGUCUUUAAAAUCCAUCUCUGAAAAAUUCAUUGUGGAUAAAGGAACUCCAGGGGCUUUGGAUAAAAAAGAAGGAGAGCAAGCUAAAGCAUUAUUUGAGAAGGUGAAGAAAUUCCGUCUCCACGUUGAGGAAAGUGACCUACUAUAUGCUAUGUACGUUCGCCAAACAGUGCUGAAAGUGAUCAAGUUUCUUAUUAUUAUUGCAUAUAACAGUGCACUCGUUUCAAAAGUUCAGUUUACAGUAGAUUGCAAUGUUGACAUUCAAGACAUGACAGGAUAUAAGCACUUUUCUUGCAAUCACACAAUGGCGCAUCUUUUUUCUAAACUCUCAUUCUGCUACUUAUGCUUUGUAAGUAUUUAUGGACUGACGUGCCUUUACACUUUGUACUGGCUGUUUUACCGCUCUCUGAAAGAAUAUUCUUUUGAAUAUGUCCGGCAAGAGACUGGAAUUGAUGAUAUCCCAGAUGUCCGGAAUGACUUUGCUUUCAUGCUCCACAUGAUCGACCAGUAUGAUCCUCUUUAUUCGAAAAGAUUUGCUGUGUUUCUUUCAGAGGUCAGUGAAAACAAACUGAAGCAGCUGAAUUUAAACAAUGAGUGGACUGCCGAUAAACUCAGGCAAAGAUUGCAAAUGAAUGCCCAUAACCGUUUGGAACUGCAACUGUUUAUGCUGUCUGGACUUCCUGAUACAGUCUUUGAAAUUACAGAGCUUCAGUCCUUGAAACUUGAAAUUAUUAAUAAUGUCAUGAUACCAGCUACCAUUGUGCAACUUGACAAUCUCCAAGAGCUCUCCCUAUACCAGUGUUGUGCAAAGAUCCACAGUGCAGCCUUGGCGUUUCUAAAAGAAAACCUGAAAGUCUUGAAUGUCAAGUUUGAUGACUUCAGAGAACUUCCACCUUGGAUGUACGGGCUCAGAAACUUAGAAGAACUGAGCUUAAUUGGUUCCUUGUGCCAUGAUAUUUCCAAAAAUAUAACUUUGGAGUCUUUUCGAGAGCUUAAGAACCUUAAAGUUCUGCACAUUAAAAGCAACCUGUCCAAAAUCCCACAGUCUGUAGUUGAUGUUUCAAGUCACCUUCAAAAGAUGUGCAUUCAUAAUGAUGGCACUAAACUAGUCAUGCUCAACAACCUGAAAAAAAUGGUCAACUUGACAGAAUUAGAGCUAUUGCACUGUGAUCUAGAGCGCAUUCCUCAUGCUGUUUUCAGCCUUAACGCUCUCCAGGAGCUCGAUCUUAAGGAAAACAAUCUGAAAUCUAUAGAGGAAAUUGUUAGCUUUCAACACCUUAGAAAACUUACAAUCCUAAAGUUAUGGCACAACAGUAUAACCUACAUCCCUGAGCACAUAAAGAAGCUCAGUAGCCUAGAACGGCUUUCUUUUAGUCACAACAAGAUAGAGGUCCUCCCAUCCCACCUUUUCCUAUGCAACAAAAUUAGAUAUUUAGACCUAUCUAACAAUGACAUACGGUUCAUCCCCCCUGAAAUUGGGGUUCUACAAAGUUUACAGUAUUUUUCAAUUGCCUGCAACAAAGUAGAGAGUGUGCCAGACGAGUUAUACUUUUGCAAAAAAAUCAAGACGCUGAAGAUUGGGAAAAACAACUUGUCUAUUCUUUCACCUAAAAUUGGAAAUCUAGUGUUGCUCUCCUACUUGGACAUUAAAGGAAAUCACCUGGAGUUUCUUCCCCAUGAACUUGGUGACUGCAGAGCUCUUAAAAAGAGUGGACUUACGGUGGAAGACACCUUAUUUGAAACUCUGCCUUUGGAUGUUAGAGAACAGAUGAAGGCUGAGUAAUAUUUUCAGUACUCAGUACAGACUUUCUGCCAAACGCCUCGUAUAUAAUAUGCCUUCCAAGUCUUUAUCUUAUUUUGACGUAUUUUGACGUUUUAUAUAUGGAUCAUUUUGGAAUAUAUGUAUUACAUAUAAACUAUAUUUAUAUAAGUUUUCUUUUUCUACCCCUCCCAUUUUCAUGUUUACAAUUUUUUUUAAAGUUAUAGCCUUAUAUUGUAUGUUCCUACUUUUUACUCUGCUUUGUUGAGAUCAAAUUG